UCCUCGUCGUCCUCGGCCUCCUCCGCCUCGUCGUCCCCCGGCUCGCUGGGGCCCAGCCCCUCGGACAGCCCUCCGGAGGCGGGCCCGGGCCCGGCCGUGAGCGGCGCCCUGCGCGAGCUGCUGGAGGCCUGCCGCAACGGGGACGUGGCCCGGGUGCGGAGGCUCGUGGACGCGGCCAACGUGAACGCCAAGGACCUGGCCGGCCGCAAGUCGUCCCCGCUGCACUUCGCGGCCGGUUUUGGAAGGAAAGAUGUGGUAGAACACUUACUGCAGAUGGGUGCCAACGUCCAUGCCCGAGACGAUGGUGGGCUGAUUCCUCUCCACAACGCCUGUUCCUUUGGCCACGCUGAAGUGGUGAGCCUGUUGCUGUGCCAAGGGGCAGAUCCAAAUGCCCGGGACAAUUGGAACUACACACCCCUGCAUGAAGCAUCUAUUAAAGGAAAGAUAGACGUGUGCAUUGUUCUGCUGCAGCACGGAGCUGAUCCAAACAUUCGCAACACUGAUGGGAAAUCGGCCCUGGACCUGGCAGACCCUUCGGCAAAAGCCGUCCUCACAGGUGAAUACAAGAAGGAUGAGCUCCUAGAAGCCGCGAGGAGUGGUAAUGAAGAGAAACUGAUGGCUUUACUGACACCUCUAAAUGUGAAUUGCCAUGCAAGUGACGGGAGGAAGUCCACUCCUCUACACCUGGCCGCGGGGUACAAUCGCGUCCGGAUAGUCCAGCUUCUCCUUCAGCAUGGCGCUGACGUUCACGCCAAAGACAAAGGUGGGCUCGUGCCUCUGCAUAACGCAUGUUCUUAUGGACACUAUGAAGUCACCGAGUUGCUUUUAAAGCACGGAGCUUGCGUCAACGCUAUGGAUCUCUGGCAGUUCACCCCUCUCCACGAAGCCGCCUCCAAGAACCGUGUAGAAGUUUGUUCUUUGCUGCUUAGUCAUGGAGCUGAUCCCACCUUGGUCAACUGUCACGGCAAGAGCGCUGUGGACAUGGCUCCCACGCCCGAGCUGCGGGAGAGGCUGACGUAUGAGUUUAAAGGUCACUCUUUACUCCAAGCAGCCAGAGAAGCAGACCUGGCCAAAGUCAAAAAGACGCUUGCUUUGGAGAUCAUCAACUUCAAGCAGCCUCAGUCUCAUGAGACGGCUCUGCACUGUGCUGUCGCCUCCUUACACCCCAAACGUAAGCAAGUGACAGAGCUCCUACUGCGGAAAGGAGCAAAUGUGAAUGAAAAGAAUAAAGACUUUAUGACUCCCUUGCACGUUGCCGCGGAAAGAGCCCACAAUGACGUCAUCGAGGUCCUCCAUAAGCAUGGAGCCAAGAUGAAUGCGCUGGACACACUUGGUCAGACGGCUUUGCACAGAGCGGCCUUGGCAGGCCACUUGCAGACCUGCCGCCUCCUGCUGAGUUAUGGCUCCGAUCCCUCCAUCAUCUCCCUACAAGGCUUUACGGCUGCCCAGAUGGGGAAUGAGGCCGUGCAGCAGAUUCUGAGUGAAAGUACACCUGUGCGCACCUCAGAUGUCGACUACCGGCUCCUAGAGGCAUCCAAAGCAGGAGACUUGGAAACUGUGAAGCAACUCUGUAGCCCUCAGAAUGUGAACUGCCGAGAUUUGGAAGGACGCCACUCGACCCCUCUUCACUUUGCUGCCGGCUACAAUCGGGUGUCUGUGGUGGAGUUCCUCCUCCAUCACGGCGCAGACGUUCACGCCAAAGACAAGGGUGGCUUGGUACCCCUCCACAACGCCUGCUCCUAUGGGCACUACGAGGUGGCAGAGCUCUUAGUGAGACAUGGGGCAUCUGUCAACGUCGCUGACCUGUGGAAGUUCACACCUUUGCAUGAAGCGGCUGCCAAAGGGAAAUACGAGAUCUGUAAGCUUCUCUUAAAGCACGGAGCAGACCCAACCAAGAAGAACAGAGAUGGUAACACGCCUUUGGACUUGGUGAAGGAAGGGGACACUGACAUCCAGGAUCUGCUCAGAGGAGAUGCUGCCUUGUUGGAUGCUGCCAAGAAGGGCUGCCUGGCCCGAGUGCAGAAGCUGUGCACACCUGACAACAUCAACUGCAGAGACACCCAGGGCAGAAACUCAACCCCGCUGCACCUGGCAGCAGGUUACAAUAACCUGGAAGUAGCCGAGUACCUUUUAGAACAUGGAGCGGACGUUAAUGCUCAAGACAAAGGAGGCCUUAUUCCUUUACAUAACGCUGCGUCAUAUGGGCACGUGGACAUCGCGGCUUUGCUGAUCAAAUACAAUACGUGUGUGAACGCUACAGAUAAGUGGGCUUUCACUCCGUUACAUGAAGCAGCCCAGAAAGGAAGAACACAGCUGUGUGCCCUGCUUUUAGCCCACGGUGCAGAUCCAACCAUGAAGAACCAAGAAGGACAGACGCCUUUAGACCUUGCAACGGCCGAUGACAUCCGAGCUUUGCUGAUCGACGCCAUGCCCCCUGAGGCUUUGCCGACGUGUUUCAAGCCUCAAGCUACUGUUGUGAGUGCCUCUCUCAUCUCUCCAGCCUCCACCCCAUCCUGCCUUUCUGCUGCAAGCAGCCUAGACAACCUCGCCGGCCCCUUGGCGGAAUUGGCAGUAGGAGGGACUUCCAAUGCUGGGGAUGGAGCAGCAGGAGCACAAAGGAAAGAAGGGGAAGUGACGGGUCUUGACAUGAAUAUCAGCCAGUUCCUCAAAAGCCUGGGCCUUGAACACCUCCGGGAUAUAUUUGAAACAGAACAGAUAACCCUAGAUGUGUUGGCAGAUAUGGGUCAUGAGGAACUGAAAGAAAUAGGCAUCAACGCAUAUGGACAUCGUCACAAACUAAUCAAGGGGGUGGAGAGGCUUUUAGGAGGGCAGCAAGGCACCAAUCCUUACUUGACUUUUCACUGUGUUAAUCAGGGAACGAUCCUGUUAGACCUUGCUCCGGACGACAAGGAGUAUCAGUCAGUAGAAGAAGAGAUGCAGAGUACAAUCAGAGAGCACAGGGAUGGAGGUAAUGCCGGAGGUAUCUUCAACCGAUACAACGUCAUUAGGAUUCAGAAGGUUGUGAACAAGAAGUUACGGGAACGAUUCUGUCACAGACAGAAGGAGGUGUCCGAAGAGAACCACAACCAUCAUAAUGAACGCAUGCUGUUCCAUGGCUCUCCUUUCAUUAAUGCCAUCAUCCACAAAGGAUUCGAUGAGAGACACGCCUACAUAGGGGGCAUGUUUGGUGCUGGGAUUUAUUUUGCAGAGAAUUCUUCCAAAAGUAACCAGUAUGUUUAUGGAAUUGGAGGUGGUACUGGCUGUCCCACACACAAAGACAGGUCCUGUUACAUCUGCCACAGGCAAAUGCUUUUCUGUCGAGUGACUCUUGGGAAGUCCUUUCUCCAAUUCAGCACCAUGAAAAUGGCCCAUGCACCCCCGGGCCAUCACUCUGUUAUUGGCAGACCUAGUGUCAAUGGUCUUGCAUAUGCGGAGUAUGUGAUCUACAGAGGGGAACAGGCCUACCCGGAAUAUCUCAUCACAUACCAGAUCAUGAAGCCGGAUGCCCCUGCCCAGACAGCCACAACAGCGGAACAGAAGACCUAGGAAAGCCCGGGCAGAAGCCAGAUGGGACUUACACCUGAGACUGGAUUACAUGUGAUUGUUUCCCAAAACCAAGACACCCUAUAAAAAUCCUGACAGCCUAGAAACCAGCCGUUUGUCUUUUCUAAAGCAUCGCUCUAGUGAGGACUGGUCAGAGAACCUGGUCCACGCUCCGCUGCUCCCGUCCCUUUGUGGAAACAUUGACCAGGGUGGCCUCUUCCCAUGGCCCGGGGGGGAUCACCCUCCCUGCACGUAGCCAACUCAGUAGAGAACAAGACUGCUUGGGUCUAGACUGGGGGACACUGCAAGCGGAGGUGUUCUCAGUGUGCACCUGCUCGGGUUGUUUCAUUCGCAUACAAACGACAUGAAGCCCAUGCCCAUGGACCACACAUUUUUAGAGAUGCGUAAUCAGCUAUUUAUUUUUUUGGGUGGGUGGGGGGAAGAGUAUUUGAAAAUGAGCCAGGACCUUCUUGAGAAUAUUUUGCACAGUCCAAAUGACUAAAAUCCUCAGCAAUGCAAAGCAAGCUUGUAUCCUCACCAAGAAGGGUUCGGGUCUGAUUCUUCUCUGGGUUUUGUUUUUGUGUUUGCGCUUGGCAUAGACUGCUUUGCUGUAAAAAACAGAAUGAGCGUUUUCUUUUCAUUCUGGCCUGUUUUCCAGGGGAAGGGCACCAGAAUAUCCAGGGCUUCAUGAGCCUGAGAUGAGUUUACAGCCUCCCAAGGUGGGGGUGAAAAGCAGGUGACUUCCCCCUGCUGGUCAGUGUGCCAGUGUGUCUUCACUGGGUUUGACCCAGGGAGGGGGCUGUCUGUCCAGCAGUAGUGUGCAGUGCACCUGAGGUGACAGGAUCCUUGAGGUGUGCAGAGGCCUCCAAACAAAGUCCAUACAGGCAGUCCGCAGAGUAGCUGGAGGGUCAUCUACAUGAACGGGGCAGGCAUCAUCCUUCAAUUUGUGCAUCCUUCUUACCCAAGAGACGUGGCAAGUGGAGGAACUGUGGUGAAGCCCAAACGUUUAGCCAGCACAUGAGGCAGGCCAGGUUUCCCUCAAGUUUGAGGUUUAUCUCAGUUCAUUUGUUUGGUCAGAUUGAAAUGUGCCCAACGUUUUCUUAAUCAAAAGCGUGGACACUCCAGCCCUUCCUGAUAUGUUUCAGAGGUUCGCUUAGUAGAGGUGUCACUGGUAUGAAACGAUACUGGCUUGGCUCAGCUUUGUGUACCAUGGGUCCGCGUCUGGAGGUGGGGAGACAGGAGACCCUUUGGCGCCUGCUCCAGAGUUCUGUUUUGCUCGGUUCAUCGCACCCUGCGCUCCAUCGUUUCAUUGAUCUUGAAGCAGGAAUGGCCAGCCUUGAAUGAGAGUGCCAGAGUAGCUGUCCAGAGCAAACUUGGAGCCUUUUUUUUUUUUAAAGACGCUGGUAGCUGAUUCCCCUCAUAACCACCUAGGGCAGCCUAAGGUGUCUCAGUCCUGUCCAAAAAGUUGGAAACAAUCUACCUGGGUUUCUUUUUAGACACUUUCCUCUCGGGUUGAGCCCGUCGCCGCCUAGCCCUGUAGGCCUGGCUGGGCAUUUUGGGCCUCUCAGGGUGUCAGCAGGAGAGAGCACCGGGGCAGCAUCCCCUGAAGUGUCAGUGACUUCAUCAGGGGAAGUGAGUGGGUCUUGGCCUAGAGCAUGAAAGUCCCAGUGGCCACAGAAGUAAAAGUUUGACCUUCCCUUUCAGCCUUCAGCAAACGAGGGGAAAGCUUCCAUACAUAGUAGGUAGUUUUCCCUUACUGUGAGAAGUGCCCAUUACCUGCCCUCCCUGUGUAGGUCGAAUUCUCCAUAUCAAACACAGCUGUAGACCUCAGUGAAGCCACAAGGUUCAUUAGCAUAGUGUCCAUGGGAAGGGAUUCUGGAAGGAAGCCAGCCUCGGAGUCUGUUACUGUUUGUGCUUUCCCCUGUGAUAAUGGAAUUAUUGGGGAUGCUGGGUUCAGACGAGCUCCUUAGAAGAAGGGAAGGCGGCCAGCCUUAGUGUCUGAAGUGGUAAGAAGAGGGAGGGAGCAGCGAGGAAGACUCUUGGACUAGGUCUUGUCUGGUAGUGGUUAGAGUCUGCAGAACUGAGGAACAGGAAAGGACUUUGGGAUGGUGGGGUACGUGAGAUUCCUGGGUGAGGGCAGGUUGGCCCUGGGAUUUUUCUGCAGUAGACCACCCUUGGGUUCAGAUCUAAAGUCAUGAUCACCAUUGUACUCAAAGGUUAGGACAAGUCUAAUGCGUUACAGCAGGGGAGAAGGCCCCCAAAUGAUUAUGAGUAGCGUGUUAAAUGUCAAAGUCACGUGAAUUUCCCUUCUCUUUGAAGAAAAACCAGCCAUCUGGAGGUCAUUGCUGUAGUCUAUCUAAAGCUUGUGUCUUCUGAGGCAAGUAGAAAAUGCAAAGCUGUUGUGCUGACCAGAGCCUGGCACCGAUGGGUCUGGGAGGUGUGGCCUUCCUGGCGUGGAUUCUUCUCCUUCCCCCCUUCCACCUUCUCCUUUGGCCCUGCUCACUUUCCUACCAUCCUUCCCCUGGCCCAGCCAAGAGAGAUCACUUUCCUCCCCACUCUGGUGGCACCUUGCAGCACCUAGCCCAGGGCCUCAGUGGCAGCUUAGCCAGAGGAUCAGCCAACAUCAUAGCGAGCCAACCACAGCUCUUCACUUUAAACAUUCCCAGAUAUUUAGCCCCUCAUGCAAAUGAAAUAGAGUCAUCACUCUAGGGUGUUUUCUUGGGUUGAGACACCUUGUGCAGGAGCCACAAAUGAACAGGCUUGGUAUCAGCAGCUCUGCCUCCCAGAAUACAUAGAAGAAAGUGCUCAGCAUUACAUUGCUAUAAAAAAGGGUGUAACGCUGUCUUCUAUUUCAUCUCCCCACUCCUACGAAGAGUGUGGACACACUUGUGUGUAAUCUCCUAGGCCCUUUUCCCUAGUCUAGCCAGACCCCAGUCUUCUCCAACCAGCUCUAAUACCUACCUUCCUUCCAGGCUCUAUUAGGCUAAAGAGACUGUAAAAAUGGAAUCUUUUUGGCCUUCUGGGCCAAGUCCCUGGACUGACAACAUGGAUUUCACCUCAGGAAUGUACUUUGCAAAGCAGUCGGUAGAUCUUUCAGAUGUCCCAUUGGUACUAGUAGAAGGAAAGGGAAUGGAAUUGCAGGUGGCACUUAGGUUAGGGAUGCCCACCUUGUUAACAUGAACUUAUCUGAAGAGCGCCAUCAUCUGAAGGCUUCCCGAGUUUCUUGCGCCUUUCUGAAAGCUGUAGAAAGCUCUAAUUACAACCAGCACUUAGUCACUGUGCUCUGUGGAGACAGGAGGCCAACCACGAGAGUUCCUCUGCUGUAACCCUGUUCCAUCCCAUCUGGUGCCAUUCCUUACCCGUUCAUACCCUGGCCUCCCCCGACCUGUGCUUCCUUUAGGAUGAGAAGCUGGCUUGUGAGGUAAAGAAUGGGUUCGGUAUCUCCCUGGUGUCGUGCGGUUUGCCAUAGGCCUCCCACUCACUAGGAAGGAAGGAAUGGAAACAUUUACAUAUUGGAUAGGAUUGCUAUCUUUAAAUUUUAAGAGGAAACAGAUUUGUUCUGCAUAGUCCUUCCCAGGAGGUGGAAUUGGUACCAGCUGGGAGAUAGUCCCGGAGGUGGUUGUCAGUCCUGCCUUAGAGGGAAGCUUUUCCUAACGACCCCAGCUGUAAGAUAGCUCCUUUCCUUUCACAUGGAGGGCUAACUUGGUGGGGGAGAGGAGGGGGGAAGCAUCCGUCUGUCCGACGGGACUGGACUGGACUAGAUGACUUCUCUGGGCUUGUCCACAGUGAAGAUUCUAUGAUUCAGAGUCCAGUGAGACGAUUGGGCAUUUUGUGGAAACGUUUCCUGCUGGGGGUGGGGGAUGGGGGCCGUGUACUUGUCAUCUGCCUCCCUAUCUGGCUACACUCCAAAGUCAUCCCCAGGGUUUGGAAAAAUGGUAGGAAAGUGACCAAAACAUCCUGAAUAGGCUACCAUAGGGCUCCAAACCUAAUCCCAGAAUGAAACCCUGUAAGAUGGAAGUCUCAAGCUGGACACUUUUUACUGAUUUGAAAUAAGUUCCUGGAGUGAAGUUGAAGUGAAAGCCAGAAGACAGCUAUACAGAGUUUAGAUCUUGCUAGGGCCGGUAUAGCCGUUUGAAGACCAGUUUGGAAAGGAUUUUGAAGACAGGAUGAAUCCAGGUGUCUUGACCCUUUCUGCCUUUCACAAAACAUACUUUUGUUGGGUGGUGCCAAGGGUCCCUUCCUGAUUCAAGAGCCUCUAGAUAAAGGGCAGGAAGACUGAGGACAAGGGUCUCCCCAUGUGCCCCAAGGAGUUUUAGAAUAAGGUAGUGAAAAGGCACCCUUGCUUAGGGUCAGUUUGCAGGAAAGGCACCUUCCCUUCCGCCUCCUAUUUUUGAGGCCAGGGAAGCUGAGUUGAUGCAUACACACUCAGUCUCUCUGCUCUGCUACAUGAUUGGGUCUGUGGUUUCAUCAGUGGCCGGGGGCGGGGGGGGGGGGAGGCGGGCACAAGCGGCAGCCCCCAGUAGAGGUCCACCCUGCUCCCUUCCCCUCUCGUUUCUGGCUCCCAGGGCGGCCCUGUAGCCAUCCGGCUGUUGUCUCAGAUGCUUGCCUUGUGACCAGCCCACCUUUCCCCCAUCCUUGUUCUCUGUCUUGUCUUUCACACCAUUUUUCACUCGUACAAGUUGUCCUUGGUAAAAUAUGUUGCAGGCUGCUUGCCACACAUCAUGACGUUGGGUUACUAGUCAUGCUGAUUCUUCCAAAGUCAUGGUGGUGAACGAUUCACAGCCAUAGAACAGCUCAGAAGACUUUGGGUGUCAGAAGACGGGGGUCGGCAGCAGCCGCACCUGGCUUUCCAGCAAGUGCCGAUGCGUUCAUCUGUGACGUGAUCUGUCCCCUUCAGCUCUUCCUGUGACUGCAUAUUGCCUGCCUCAGAUCCCACUGUUGGUGCCUCCUUUUUUGGUAGCCGUAUUUGUACUUGCUUACCUUUUAGCUCAAUGAUGGAUCAGUAGAAGGAGGUGGUGCAUUAGAAGGCACUUUGACAGAAACCGGCUUUUCCUUGGCGGCAGCGGCUGGAGUGUUGAUUUCGGUUGUGUUCCCAGUGGUGGUGUUUGUCUUGGUGUGUCCCAGGUCACGGCCUGGGGGUUUUUGUCGUCUCUGUAUUCAGUCCGUCGUGACUCCGUGGUUUUGGUUUUGACCCGUUGGCCCUUGUCCACUGAUGCCGUGGAAGGAUGCUUCCCAGGCAUGCAGAGUCUUUUGUCACUUGGAGCUGCUACAACAGCCACCUUUUCUUUUCCUCGUCCCCAACCCCUUCCUUCUCGCUAAAAGAGGCUAUCUGCCAAGGUGACCUCCCUGCUGGCAGGUUUCUAUUUCAGACAUGGUCGUGUUGAUUUUAACUUGUAACUGCUUUGGCUUUAUGUCUAACCUGCAGUACUUGUUAUCAUUUAGUAACCAAUAAAGACAUUUUGGAAGCAGC